AGGGUGUACCCCGCCUCUCGCCCAAUGUUAGCUGGGAUUGGCUCCAGCCCCCCAGGACCCUUAAAUGGAUAAAGCGGUAGACGAUGAAUGAACAUGCAUUUCUACAAUGAGAAAACAUGAUAAUACUGAUUAUAUAGUGAUGAGGAUUGUGAGAUGUGGUUGAAAGAAAAAGCUUGAUUAUUUUGUUAGACACUUUUAGUGAUACUUUUUUUUGUGUGGCUCCAUUGCUUGAAGCCUACCAAUGUAGCGUUAAAAUAUGACAGGAACAUACUUUUCUGAUUUCUAUGUGGCACACAUUGCUAUAGUGCUAAAUAAAAAGGAAGUUUAGAUAUGAUCACGUGAGCACAACUCACAAACCCAAUAAUAUGAAAACAAAGCAGUGGAAAGCCUGGAAUUAAAAGUUUUUUGUUGUUGUUUGUUUCUGGGGGAGAACAGGCUUUCAGCAAGUUGAAACUGGUGAAAUUUCACCAGGGGUGAAGUCAUUUUCAUAUUUGACAUUCGUCAGUUUUCGUGGCUGUUAUCUUCAUUAGCUCCGCGUCUCAAAACUUGAUCUGUCUCAGUUUUUGAGAUAUGUUGGAGAGCUCCGUCAGGAAGACGUUUCACAGAUUUGACCAAAAUCAAAGUCAAAGUCACCGAAGAUGACGAUGUAGUGGAGAGGAGCGCCAGGCGUUGAAUGUCUGCUCAGUGAGCAUGUCACUAUAGGCAUUGUCAGGGACAACCCAUUUCAAUCUUCAAUACCUUUUUUUGUUUUUAAAACAUUGGAAUGUCGAACAACUGUUAUUUUACAGAAUGACAGACAUUUAGUGUUUCACACCUAAAGGUUAAAAAACAGAAAGAAAUUGAAAGAAGUUAUUUAAAAAUGAAAUGUUUGCAUUUUCAAUAGCUCAGUCAUUAGUUUCUGUAACACCUCACAACUUUCACAGCUGUUAGUUUGUGAAAAAGGCCUCAGCAAAUCCCAAAGCAUCCUUACCAGUGUGCAGUUUGCUUUAAUAUGCAUAUUUCAAUGUUUUAUUUUUCAAUAUCUCACUUGUUUAUGGAUUUAUUGACAUCAAACCCCAUCUAAUGUGUCUGGGACAGAUCGUCUCACAGCUGCAGUACCAUGUGUGGCCACUGGGAAAAGAAUAGCUGCCAGGAUGAGCAGCGGCCCGGAAUAAGUAACACAUUCCUGCAUUGGCCCUGUGGGCUUUCCGUACUAUUGGGUUGGGUUUUUUUACCCGGAAAAAGAACUAGGUCCCCCGUGACGUCACUGGACGCGCUUAAAAAUGGCGGAGUCGGAGGAGGAGGUGGACGUGCUGGUGCAGAGAGUUGUCAAAGACAUCGCCAACGCCUUCAAGAGGAAUCCCAGCAUCGAUGAGAUCGGUGUGAUCCCAUGUCCGGAGGCCCGUUACAACCGCAGUCCCAUUGUGCUGGUGGAGAACAAGCUGGGUGUGGAGAGCUGGUGUGUCAAGUUCCUGCUGCCGUAUGUCCACAACAAGCUACUGCUCUUCCGCCAGCGCAAACAAUGGCUGGACAGGGAAGCAUUAGUGGAUAUCACCUGCACUUUGUUGCUGCUUAACCCGGAUUUCACCACUGCGUGGAACGUCAGGAAGGAGCUGAUGCAGUGUGGAGUGCUGAUCCCAGAAAAGGACCUCUAUCUGGGCAAGUUGGCUCUCACAAAAUUCCCCAAGAGUCCAGAGACAUGGAUCCACCGACGCUGGGUGCUGCAGCAGAUCCUGCGUCAGUCCUGCGCCGUGGGCCACAGUGGGGAGCAGCAGCAGCAGCAGCAGGGUGAGGAGGCGCCGCCGGCUGACAGAGAGAGGAGCCAGCAGCUUAGCGACCACAUGGCCCGGACGCUCCACCAAGAGAUGAAGGUGUGCUCCGACGCCGCCUGCCGCUAUCCCAGCAACUACAAUGCCUGGUCCCACCGCAUCUGGGUGCUGCAGCAUAUGGCCAAGGGCAAUGUCAAGGUGUUCCACGACGAGCUGUCCUCCAUGCGUCUGUGGGUGUCCAUGCAUGUGUCCGACCACAGUGGCUUCCACUACCGGCAGUUCCUGCUCCAGGAGCUGACUGCAGAGCUCUCCCAGACGCCACCCUCCACCUCCACCACCACCUGUUCAUCCCACCACCAGUCGAGCGCUGCCCCCAGCGUCAGCCCCCCCCCAAACAGCCACGCCCAGGCUAACGGGGAGCUGUCGGCAGCGGAGGCGGCGGGCGAGGAAGAGGGGCAGCUCGGCUUCCCCACUGUCCCUCAGCUCUUCCACCAGGAGAUGGAGCUGUGCUCUGACCUGAUACAGUCCUUCCCCGGACACGAGACACUCUGGAGUCACAGGCGUCAUGUCUUCUACCUGUGGCAUCAGUGGAGGAGUGAACAGCAGCACCACUGCAGCAGCAAAGGAAGCAGCAACUCGGUCCACUUGAACGACGGCGACGCAACGCUGCCCGAGGUCGACGCUCAGAGCUGCGCGGACCGGGGCGACAGCGUGAACGGAAGGGGGCGCACCACUGAACCUAUGGAGGUGGACAGGGCGUCCUUGCCCGACCCGCGGGACAGCAAGCGACUGAAGAGAGGCGUCCCGCCGCCCGCCCCUCACACCCUGCCCUCGGAGCACAGCUUCGUCAGGGGCGUCCUGGACCGCUGCUCCAACACCGAGCAGAGACACUUUGUCCUGGCGUACAAGAAGUGGUUGGACACUGUCAUCGGUCAGCAGCCUUGAGAGAGGGGAGGAGAACAGCUCGGCCCUUUUCUUUCUCAACAUUAAAGUUGCCUUUAGACAAAGAUGUAGGAUUAUCGCUGACAGUAUCUUAUAAUACUUCAGACGCAGUGAUGACUGUAGAAAGCCGUCACUGUCCUGUCCUUCCGACAGCGAGGAGAGGGGACAGGGCGCGAUGUUCCUCCUCAGAAACAUCUGGAUUCUUUUUGAGCUUCUUCUGAGCCAGUCCUCCUCCUUCAGAACUCACGUCUGCACAUAUAAAGCCUGUUGGUCCACCGUGUCUGUCACUAGUUUCUGCUCUUAUUUCAGGUUUCUCAAAGCCCUCAGGACCAAUAGCCCACCAUUUGUUUCGUCGCGGGCUCGGCACUCGUCCAUGUUACUUCAUUUUUCGAGUAUUUCAGCCGAGAGACACAAUGUGAAGCUGGAGGAGGAAGAAGAGCAGAGGGCCUCAUGCAAGAACAUUAUCGUAUUCUUCUCCUAAAUGUGUUAGUACGGUAAGAACGGGCCACGUCGGAGUCGUCUUCUGACCAAUUAAAGCAGAGCAGUUCAUGCUGUGUCACCUGAGAGUCACUGGAAUGAAGAUGAGAUGCUCCCACACGGGCCAGCACAAGGCAUAAGUGGCCACCAUAUAGGCACGACACAGGCACUGUCACACAGACAGUUGAUGGAAAAGUCAGUGGCGUAUAAAGUUGAAGACAAAGGCUAUGUCACAAAAAAGGACAUGCAUGGCUGAUUUCAAUGUUUUUACCGUAAACAUACACCGGCUAGUUAACCGUCAAACAAGCCUUCGGUUUAGUCGAGGCAUCUUCAGCUAACGUUAGCUGAGGAAAUAUAACGACACUCGGUACUGUAUCACUUUAAAUAUCAAACACGACCAUUAUUGUGAGUUGGCUACUUUUAAGAUUAAAAACCAUAGCAGCAUAGAGGCUGACGGUUUAAUGUGAGCAACACAGCUACGAAUUCAAUUGAAUUGAUAACCGCUGUUAGAUUUACAGAAGUUGUGCGAACGAUCAGUGACAAUAGUAUUAGUGGCCGUAUGAAAAUGGCUUUAAAGAAAACCGUCAUGUUGCCACAGCGAGUGGAUGAAUGCCUGAAGGAGGUCGAGGAGAAUUCUCAGUCACUGAUAUGGAUGUUUUCUCCUGGUGCUGGAUCAGGACAACUAUAUGCAGCAUGAACAAAAAAGUGAACAACACCGACUUUGUGCAACAGAGUUCAGCAGGUACAUGAACACGUAACUAUAUAGUAUCAGUUUAAUUGCUUACUUUAACAAUGUCAAUACAAUGAGGUGUGUUCAUAUAUUUAUAUGUACAUUUUUAUAUAUUUUAGGGUCUGGACCGCACGUAAACUGUGUACACACCUGGAAGAAAACUCAAAACAGGAUAAAACAGGUGAAUCCGGCGAGUUCUCCCGAAUCACUCAUCCGCACAACUUCAGAACAAUUCUGUUCUUGCGUCAGGUCCAAUGUCUCUCCCCUAACACUAGCGCGACUCGUCACAACCUCUGCUCGCUUGACCCAAUUGUAUGAAAUGCCAAAAUAGCCAAUAAUAUAUAGAUAAUAAUGCACUAAGAAAUAAAAUAUGAUAUAUGUGACCUGAUAAAUUGUCAUAAUUUGAUAAAUAAUUAAAACAACUAAAAAAGGAUUUAUUAGACGUCAAUAAAAUUGUUUAUUGUGAUUAAUUUCCACAUGAGUUUUAAUCAUUUAUACUCCAGUAUUUAUUCACAUGUUUCUAUUUCAAGUAUUGGCCCUUUUUGAAUAAAUUAAACUUAUGGAAUGAGUGUGGUUUUAAGUUAAUGUUUUCUUCCUCUUGAUGAAAUGAUCUCCGUUUUCUACGGAGCCCCUCUGGUGACAUAGGUGGGAAAGAUUAUUGCGUGGCCACGAGUUAAUAUUAAUCCGUGAGAAUGAGAUAAUUAACUCGUGGCCACGCCAUAGUAGUGAUCUCGUUCAGGGCUGCAACUAACGAUUAUUUCCAUUAUUGAUUAAUCAGUUGUUUUUCUUUCUUGUCUGGUUACUUUGCACCAGCUUAGCUUGAGAGAUUUCUUAAACCAACCGGCCACAACAGGAUGAGCGACAUCAUCACCACAUACAGAGACGCUACGUCGAAAAGGUCAAAAACCUUCAUUAUGUCUUUUCUGCUGAUGAAUCAUUUAGCUCUCCUGUGUCUGCACAGUUCAUUUUGAAGAUGAUCUUAAAUCCAAUUUAAUGAUUGUGAAGUCGCCUGUUUUCCAUUUUGGAUCCAUCUUUGUGUUUUGUUAGGGGUUGCUGCUGUUACUUUGUUUAUCUGUCGAUGAUUAUAUAAGCACACAUGAACAACGUAGACAUUAAUCUGAGAUACUUUAUCAACUCAGAUCAGUGUGUACAGUGUGUUCGUUCAUCAGAUACGUGUGCGAAUCAUAAUCCUGGUGGGAUAUUUUCACAUCCUUGCAGACCUAGAACACAAACGCUGAACACAUGUCUAACUAUGCAGAAAGGUUUUUUUAACGGUUCUUUGAAAAGAACAAAAUGUAGCUUCUUUUUUCCCCCUAAUUUAUUGGUCAGUAUAAGUCUGCGUAGGGUUUGUUGUUAACGAAUAAACUGUGGACGCCGAGAACAGCCAUCAUUUUCUUUUUAAUGAAGUAUUAUAAAAUAUAAAUUAGCCCGUUGUUGUGAUGAAAUUAGCCUUAUUUCAAUAAUAAUAAAAUAAAUUGUCCCAGAUUAAGACUG